CUGUCAUACCUCCAGGAGCUGCAUGGCCUAGUUUUCCGUCUGGGAGGUUCCAUAAUUGGUCGGCGACGAAUAGCGGCGUGGCUGCGGCGACGGGGACCGACGGCGCUGUGGUGGCAGGACGACUGUCAGCUACGGAGACGUCAGAGCAAACUUGGCGAACUUGAUUACAUAUGUAGAUGAAUGGCAAAACAUGAUUGCCAUAGCCGGAUUGGUAAGCGUCGACUGUUUCUUAUUUCUCAGUGGAUUUCUCCUAGCUACAGUAGUAUGCAAGCAAAACAGGACUGGAAUCAUCAUAUUCCUCUUUGCUGUAAUUCGAAGAGUGAUCAGAACCAUGGUUCCGGUAUUCUUUCUCCUCAUGUGCCUAUGCCUACUGCCACUCAUUACGUCCGGACCGAACGCAAAGACCUACUUUCAGAGAGUGGACGAAGAGUUUCGAAGCCAGUGGCUGGUUCUGCUGCUACAAGUGCAAAACUACUGCUUCGACGUCAUCCCUGACACCCGAAUGUUUCCCCACUUGUGGUACCUAUCCGUAGACUUCCAGUUCUUCCUUCUGAGCCUGCCGAUACUUCUGCUUUUGAAGAAUCGUCCUAAGACUGCUGUGUCUGUAUUUGCACUGCUAUCACUGGUGGGAUGUUCGAUUGCGACGUGGCAAGUGGCUGGUAACGACAUGACACCUUUCCUCGUCGGGGUGACAGAGUCGCUACCAACAUUCUUGAAGACUGCUUACCGCUACUACUUCUACCCGUUCUACCAUGCCGUGUGCUAUUUUUCGGGGUGCAUAACAUUUUUUUUGGUUGCAUGGUUCAGGAAGAGAGAGAUACCGAAGAUGUUCCAGAUAGCAGCCUGGCUUCUUGCCGUCGCAAGUGGGCUCACCUGCAUCUUCGUGAAGGUUGCAUGGUACCGCACCAAAGACCCCACUACCGAGUUCGGCAAACUAUCCACGGCCUUUUUCGAUCGCAUCCUAUGGUCCAUUUUCCUCAUCUGGAUCACCCUAGCUUGCGCCACUGGAAGAGGAGGCUUCCUGUGCACGUUCCUGUCAUGGAGUGCAUUCACGCCCCUCAGCAGGCUGGCCUUCGGCGUGUACAUUGUCCACUUGCCGUUCGCACAGCUCACGAUGCACAUAUCGCGGGAACGGCUGUACUACUCGCAUUUCUUCAUUGUUUCGUUCUCCUUCAGCGUACUCGUUUGGAGCUUCCUGCUUAGCUACUUCAUGUUCAUUUUCUGCGAAGCUCCAACGGGCAGACUAGACAAACUCAUCUUCGAGGCUCGACGUGCGACAAAAGAGAAAGAAUUCAAGGAUGAAAUUCCCCAUGCCAAUGGGGCUGAAGGGAAGAUGUUGCAAUUGGUCCCUAAGUUACGAGAUUCCAAAGGGGAGUUUGUGCAACACAGCAGCGGCAAGGAGGCGGUCACUGGCUUGCAUAACGACGAGGGCAAGCCCACAAGCUCUCAUCUAUAACGUCAGUACCAAAGGCCACUAAUUUGUGAUAAGCGUUUUUUAUUUUCCAUAUCACCGAAUUCUCUUCUAUACCUGUUCUAUGGGCAAAACAAGAAUGCUUUAUUCUUCCAUCAUUCGACGUAGAAGGGCGUUCGAGGAAUGUGCCCUGGUUGAUGUAUUUGUGAGACGCCUCCUUUAGUCUAUGUAUGUAAAAGGUGGUGACGGCACUACAACUGUCAGGGCAGUUUUAACAAUUUUAUUACGGAUAGCAAGCAAAAUAAAUUAUUACUAUUAAGGUACACCUGUCA